AAGCCAGCAUAAAUUGUCUACUUUUAUUAUACAUUAUUAAUAAUUGUACUAUUUUUCCAAUAAACAUAAGACUCUAAAGUCUAGUCUAGAUAUUUCCUAACUCCCACACCAAUCUCAAUUCUUCCAGCCACCCAACUCUCUCUUUAAUUUUCUCCCUAAUCACCUUCUGAAAACAUUAAUCAUGGCUGAUUAUAGAUCAAGAUCAACAUCAAGAUCAUAUAGAUACAGUGAUGAGGGAGAUAUGCAAAUAGAGAGAUACCAAUAUGGUGGCAUAGAGCCAAAAAGAUCAAAUUUUGAAACCAACCCACCUCAUAAUUUCAGGUCUUAUAGUGUUUCAUAUGGUCCAACUUAUAAAACUAAUAUGGACCUUGUUGUUACUGGCACUGCAGCUAGAGAUGUUGACUUCAAGAAAGUCAAACCUACUACAAAAUCAUGGAGUUUUAAUGAUCCUGAGUUUCAAAGGAAGAAAAGAGUUGCUAGUUAUAAAGUGUAUUCUGUUGAAGGAAAAGUUAAAGGUUCUUUUAGAAAGAGUUUUAGGUGGCUUAAAGAUAAGUACACAAAUGUUGUUUAUGGAUGGUGGUAAUUAAUCAUUAUUCAUAUAUACAUAUAUAUGUAAUAAUUUGUAUAUUGUUUUUCUAUUCUUGGACUGGUGUCUUGGUUUCCAUUUCCUUUUCUCUUGGUUUUGUGAUGAUGAAAAAAAGAAAGAAAAGUUUAGAAUUUUUUGUUGGAAAUGAUUAGUUUCGUAUGCUUUGAGUAUGAAUUGCAAUAUAUAUCUUGAUUUGUUUCCUAUUUGAAAAUAGUUGUGUAUUACGAAUAUAUGAAUCUUAAUGCAUUUUUGGAUUUUAUUUG